AUGGCACCGUCGCAUCCGAGUCUCGUGGAUUUUCAGCAGCUGCGGAUGUUCCCAGUGAGGCAGCUUCAAGUGGUGCAAGUAGUCGUGCCACCCGGAGUGUCGGGAGACCACAUACAGGUUCUCCUAGUCCACGUCGCGAGCGACAAUCAAGUCGCUGUGCCGGCGACAUUGGAGAAAAAGUCUCCCUCGCUGUAUCUUAUUCAGUUCGAGGUCGAGAAGGCUGGAAAUUACGCGCUCGAUGUUGCCGUGUCAGGACGUCGACUAAAGGACUGUCCCGUGGCUUGCAAAGCUUACGAUGCCGCGCGGAUACAGCUCACCAAUGUGCCACAGUCUGCCGAAGUUGGUAAACCGGUUCAAUUCCAUGUGGACGCUUCGAAGGCAGGCGAGGGACAAUUGGAAAUUUCAAUCAAUAAAGGCGAAGUGGCCAAUAAGGUAGACGUCCUAUCAUCGGGCAGGUGUAUUGUGUCCUUCACACCAGAGAAUCCGAUUGUUCACACCGUUGAAAUCAGAUUCAAUGGGGAUAUUGUGCCUGGCUGUCCGCUGAAUAUCAUAGCAACGGAGUCGACUGCCAAUUACAGCGUGGAUCUCUCAAAACUCGACCUCGUUCCUCUUAACCAACCAGUUUUAUUCCCGAUUCGAAUCCCGAGAGGUCGGAGGGAACUCAUUCGAGUGAUGGUCCUUUCCCCCAAGAACAACAGCGUUCCAGUUUCGUUGAAAGCUGCUCAUGAGGAUCCCGAUGUCGUCAUGGUCGAGUUCACGCCGAAAGUCGUUGGAGAUCAUCUCGUGAACGUUGAGUACAACGGGAAAAGUCUCGACGGUGUGCCCUUCCCGCUCAAAUGUUUCGGUGCCGAAUUAGUGGCGGUCACAAAUGUGUCGAAAUGCGCCGUCGGAGGAACCGUCGAGUUCAUCGUGGAUGCUAGCUCGUCGGGCGAAGGCAACCUCGAAAUAACUGUUACCGCAAACGAAGAUCUCAACGUGCCAACCCAAGUCCGACCCUUAGGGGGUGCCAAGUUUGCUGUGUGUUUCGUUCCGAAUCGGCUCUGUCCCCAUCUCAUCGGUAUUACAUUCAAUGGAAUCCACGUACCGGGGUCCCCGUUCACCGUGAAGGUUACCGAUGCUCUAUUGGACAUCGUUGAAGUCAAUGCGAUGAGCGAUACACUCAGCUGCGCUGUCAAUAAACCCGCGAGAUUGAACCUCCGAGGGAACGUCUCGCCGCAACAACUCUAUGCGAGAAUCACGAAUCCGGAAGGUAGUGUAGUUCCUUUCACAUUGCGAGAUGUCAAUACCGGAGGUCAGAUGGCGGUCGAGUUCACUCCCGCAGUCGUCGGUGAAUAUCGCAUUGAGGUACGGUACAUGGAUCAGCCAUUAGCUGGAAGCCCUUUCAUCUUUAAAGUCUACGAUGUCUCCAAAAUUCAAGUUUCCCAAGUACCCUCUCAGAUCACUAUCGGCAGCAACGCUUCGUUCUUAGUUGAAACUGCCGGCGCAGGACCGGGGAACCUCGAGGUUAUGGUUAAUAAGGGCCGCGUGGCCACAACGCCGCAGGCACAGAGCAUUUCUCUUUACGCCAUUCAUUUCACGCCGCAAGAAGCGACCCUCCAUGAAAUCGAAGUGAAAUUCAAUGGAGAGCAUGUCCCAAGUUCGCCUUUCUCGUGUAAUGUUGUGGAUCUGUCGAGUGUGACCGUUUCUGGCGAAGGCGUCGAUCGCUGUCCUUUGGGACAAUUGACCACCAUCAAGAUAAAUACCUCAGAACAGAAUGUCGGUCUGCUAGCGAUCAAUGUCAGUGGGCCGAGCAACGAGAGGGUUUCCGCCAAAAUGAUCGGCAAUGAAAAAAUUGGAUACACAGUAGAGUACACACCCAAUGAAGUCGGAGACUAUCUGAUCGACAUUCGGGUAAAUCACACCCCCAUACCUAAUUCGCCUUUCAUCUGCAAGGUGUACGACCCAUCCAUGGUGCAAGUCGGUGACAUUGGAAAAGGAACGGUUGGUUUUCCGCUAUACUUCAGCAUCGAUGCCGCUGCUGCGGGAGCUGGAAAUUUGGAGAUCACUGUUUCCGUCGGAGGUCGAAAUGUGCCAAACUUUGUACAGUCCGAGGGCAACGCCCGGUUCAAAGUCAAUUUCAAACCAAGUGAACCGUUGGUCCAUUCCAUAUCUGUGAAAUUCAAUGGCGUUCCCGUGCCGGGGAGUCCGUUCAAUGUGCCAAUACAAGAUUCGCAACAGAGCAUGGUCAGCGGAUCUUCCCUGCGAAUGACUUCUCUAGCUCAUGGGACAAAGUUCACUGUCGACACCAAGGGCAGCGAUAAACCCUUGAGGAUUCAAGCCACCGCUCCGAGCGGUGCGACUAUUCCAGUGACUUUGUCGAAAAUAUCGGCUCAUAAUUAUGAAGCGGCCUUCCGGCCCCUAGAAGUCGGACCUCAGCAAGUGGCUAUUUUCCUUGGUGAAGAGCAGAUCUCCGGUUCGCCCUACGUAUGUAAUGUGUUCGAUGUGAACAGAGUCACAGUCUCCAGUCUGGGUCGAGGAUCCGUGGGGAAACCAGUGACGUUUUGUGUUGAUGCUUCACAUGCGGGUGAGGGGACAUUGGAGCUCGUCGUAAGCACGAAGAAAGGAUCCGUGAGGGCUGAGGUCUCGAUGCGCUCCCGCGGAGUGUACAACGUCACCUUCCUGCCGACAGAAACCACGACUCACUUCGUCAACAUCACGUUUAAUGAAGAAGAAGUGCCAGGCAACCCGUUCAGGAUCGAGAUGAUUGACAUGCCCCGAAACGGACGGAAAGUUGAAGUCCGAGGCGAGAAGAGAGCGGUUGUCGGUGUUCUCAGCGCUUUCGAUGUCGAAGCCGAGGGAGAAAUCACGGCAAGAAUAACUGCCAGCAAAGACUCUCUCGUCCAGAAUUCAGUGUCCCGGGUGGGGCCUACAACGUGGAGAAUUGAGUACAAACCUCAGGAAGUUGGUACGCAUCUCGUAGAGAUCCUCCACGACGGCUACAAGGCGAAGAGUUUCCAUGUAGCGGUUUCGGACCCGACGCGGGUCCGGGUUUUGGAUCUGGACGAUGGCAUUGUGAACAAAGAACAAUCUUUCCGAGUGGACACGACACGCGCCGGCAAGGGACAGAUCAAAGUCGUCAUCGCAAGCCACGGCAAAGAAGUUCCCCACAAAAUCGUCGAGUUGGCUCUCGGUGUUUAUAAGGUGACGUUCACGCCGAUGAAAGACGCUCCCAACGUCAUUGACUUGAGAUUCAACGGCACUGCGUGCCCUGGAUUCCCCGCCACGGUCACCGUACGCGACCCGAGUCGCAGCAUCAUAGCUCACGGGAGCUCCCUCAAGUCAGCGCAAAUCGGGAGAACAAACAAAUUCUACAUAGAGACAGGCGGAUACGGAGAUGCGAAAGAUUUCGAUAUCUUGGUGUCGUCUCACUCGAAUUCACCCCUGCCUGUGAAAUGCUUCUCACAGAAAGACGCGAGUCUCUUGGUGGAAUGGCAGCCGAACGAAACAGGCAUCUACAAGAUUGAAGUUCUGUACCGCGGAGAACCCGUAAACGGGUCUCCUUUCAAGUGUCAGGCCUUCGAUGCAACUAAAGUUCAUCUGCAGCAGAUCAGUUCCACGAGUUUCAACGUCAACGAGAAUAUUUCCAUUGCCUUGAAUCGAAGAGACGCUGGAUACGCGGAGUUAGACGUCACCGUGACGUCUCCUCUGGGCAGAAAUCUCCCCAUCGAGGUUAAGGGUUCCCCAGAUGGUGAAGUUAUCGAAUUUACGCCAUCCGUGGCCGGCAAGUAUCGCAUCGCGAUCAAUUAUGGAGGAAUAGCGGUGCCUGGAAGUCCCGUGACCUUCAUAGCUCAUGACUCCGGCAGCCCAAAGGUCACAGGUCAGGGUCUGCAGAAAGGCCUCAAAGGAACAAUGGCUUCGUUCAGAGUCGACGGACGAGGCUUGUGGGGCAUGCCGGAAAUCCGCAUCGAUGGGCCGAAUUCGGAACCCGAGCUCAAGAUCAAGGAGCUCGAGGAAGGUCUCUACAGCGUGGCUUAUCUACCGCUCGAAGUGGGUCUCUACGAGAUCACCAUUCGAUGGAACGGAAAAGAUGUUCCUCAUUCUCCUUUCAAAGCGAAAGUCACGGAAGCGAGAGAUAUCAGCUGUGUCGGGGGCUGGGGCCGAUUCCUGGAUGAGAAUGGUGUUCUGAGGUUGAUCGUCGGCGAGGAAAUGAGCAUCCCGCUUGAGGUCGGCCAAUCUGCGGGCAAAAUCGUCGCCGAACUAAGAACACCGAACGGUAUGAUCAUCCCGGUCAACGUGGAGAAAGUGAGCUCCGGCCGAGUCCGGCUUUACUUCACACCGAUAGAAAGCGGUAACUACUUGCUGACGAUCAUCCAGAACGGUAUGGCGGUGGCGAACACUCCGAUCAAAGGAAGAGCCGCCGAUUUGUCAAACGGAUCGCACAGAGCCGAGGGUCUCGACCUCUCGAAGGUUGUCGUGAAAGGAGCUGGUUUACUCUCCGCUCGAGUCGGUGAAAAGGCUGAAUUCGUGAUCGAUGCUUCCCUCUUGGGUCGUGAGGGCGUUCCACGGGCCGUCCUGCAAGGACCAAGUGCAGAAAUCAGAGUGCACAUCCAACCCAUGGCGAACCACGUUUACCGGGCCUGCUUCACACCAACACACACGGGCUCUUAUCAGCUCAACGUGUAUUGGGGGGACGAUCUGCUCCCGAGCUGUCCCCACCAGGUCACUGUCGGGGCCAUUUGCGACUCGUCCAGGGUCAUUUGUUCUGGAGACGGCUUGUUGGGUGGAGUUGUCGGCAAAGAAAUCAAGGCGUUCAUUGAUACUAGGAAAGGUGGACCAGGUGAAUUGACUGCACAUUGUUCAGGACCCGCUAAAAUGGCUCAUUGUGAGCUCUUCGAUCAUCGGGAUGGUACAUUCACAUUAUUCAUAAAGCCACAAGAGGGAGGACGCCAUUUACUGAACGUCAAGUACGGAGGGAACCACGUUCCGGGAUCGCCUUUCACCAUGAAAAUCUGCGGAGCCCCUGAUGCAUCGAAAGUGAGAGUCUAUGGGCCAGGAAUCGAGCCCGGUGUUCUAGCUCUCUAUCAGAGCCGAUUCGUUUGUGACACGAAAGGCGCGGGGGCAGGUCAACUGACGGUUCGCAUAAGAGGCCCGAAGGGCGCAUUCAGGGUGGAGAUGCAACGAGAAAAUAACAAGGACCGGACGAUCCUCUGCAAGUACGAUCCCACGGAGCCUGGUGACUACCGAAUCGAGGUUCGAUGGUCGGGAGACCAUGUAAUAGGCAGUCCGUUCCUCGUAAUGAUUUUCGACACCCAGGAAGAAUUGAGCCGACAUAUGCAGCAGCUGAAAUUGAGUUCACCAUCAACGCAUAGCCUCCAACAAGCGCCCCUUCUGCCGAUGCUAGGACACUGA